GAGAAAAUGAAGAGAUUGAUUUGAUAUUCUUGCUACUAGACAGCAGUGCACACGGACGGCAAAGCUCGCACGCCAAAAACAGUCCCAGGGGCUGGCUCUGAUUGGGUGUCGGGGCCGGUAACUUUUUGUAGACAUGUAACUGCCGCUGCAGCUUCUUAAUGUGACAUCCGUCUGACCUGGCCUGACCGUCUGUCGGUCAGCGGUGCGGCGGCGGCGCGGACGGAGCCGGUGGCGCCCCCGCGCGUGGCCCGCUCCAUCUCGGCUGGCCGGCGCCCGGCGGCGGCGGCGGGGGAGUCCCAGGUCACCGAGACGCUGCCCGACACCGGCGGCACCGGGCCCGUGCUGCUGGGACAGGAGUCGCUGCCGGGACACCGCUCCGCCAUCACCCAGUGCCGGUUCAACACGGCCGGCACCCUGCUGGCCACGGCAGACAUGGACGGCGGCGUGCGCGUCUGGGAGCCGGCCCCGCCGCCCGCCAGGCAGGUGUGCACGAUGCGCUGCCGCUCGCCGGUGCUCUCCUGCUGCUGGCUGAACGGACAGCUGCUGGCCUACGGCUCGGCGUCCGGCGAGGUGCGCCUGCACGACGUCUCCAAACGGCGACAGGUGCUGGAGCUCACCGGCGACGCGCAGCCCGCGCUGCGAGACAGGAGGGUACUGCACCUAGCGGCCGCCAGUCCGUCCAGCUCGCUGCUCUGCUCAGUGACCUCUCGCGCCAGCAGUGGCCCCUCCCGCUCCGACCUGUUCAUCUACGACCUGAAGGCCUCACGACAGGAGUGCACGCUGAGCCUGCCGGCGGGAGUCAGCUGCGGCAGCGCCGAGUUCAACCACAACGGCCAGCUGCUGCUGUGCGCCUGCAGCGACGGCCACGUGCGCGUCUACGACGGCCGCAUGGAGGGCUGCAUCAGCGACUGGACGGCGCACACGGGCGCCGCGCUGACCGUCCACCUGUCCCCGGACCAGACGCACAUCUACACCCUGGGCGCGGACAACAAGCUGGUGACCUGGAGCCUGGCGCAGACGGGCAGCCAGCUCUCGGAGAGCUGCCUGCACGAGCGGGCCAGCGGCCCGUUCGCGGUGCACCGGCCGGGCGGCGAGCCGGCGCCGCAGCGGCCCUACGGCCAGCUGUUCGCGCUCGACGGGCGACACCACAUGCUGACGUGCGGCGCCACCGGCGGUAGGCUCUACCAGGUGGGGCCGUCUGGCCUGGAGCACCUGCUCAGUCUGGGCGGCCACGGCGCGCCCGUGCUCACCUGCGACAUGGCCGACAACCUGUGCGUCACCGCCUCGCUGGACGGCGGCGUCAAGACGUCCAGCCUGCUGCUGCCCAGCUGAGGCCGGUGGCGGGCCCGCUCCGGGCGCCCGGCCGCGUCCCCGGGCCCGGAGGGGCUCCGGCAGCCGGAGACAGCCGCUGCCGGAACAGCCGUCCACGCACGUCCGGGCGCACGGAGGGGGCAGCGAUAUCGGGGCGGUGCGGAAAUGACCCGGCGGACCCGGAGCACCGGUAUCGAUAGUGGACGGAGCGGGACACAGCCGGACGGAGCCGGGUGAGGCCGGAGACAGGACCGGACGGUAGUCGCCGCCGGAGUGACGAUCAGAGGUAGGGCUACAGCCGGCACCCGGUGGCUAUCAAACAAUCCGAAAUAUCGCUACUUAAUCGGGGCAGUGGAGGAGUCUGCUGCCGGCGGGUUCCGUCCGGCUAGCUACAACAGGGUGGUGCAGUACUCGUGCCGCAGGGACAGCACUGCCACCGAUCUGCGAUGGGCCGCUGCACGCGACGCACAGGCUGACCGGGUCUAGCGGCAGUCAAGGGCCGAUGCGGCGAUAGCGGCAGUCAAGCUCAGUGCCUCGGCACUGAGCGGCAGCUGUGUCACGCGAUUUUUCUGCACUGCACCUAUUUACGUGUGAGUGAUGCGGGUUUUUCAAGGGUGCUUUGACGGGGCAUGUGUGGUACCAAUUGGCAAUAGCAAUCUGCGUAGUGUCUGGUAUGACGUAUGUUUGAGCUUGUGGCGGAAUUAGUUGUAUCUCAUUUAUUUAUGCUGAGGUUAUGGGGCCCGGGGCUUGAUGUGUAACAGUAUUCUUGUAGGCAAUUAUAGUGACUUGCAUGAAAUUGUUAUUUAUUUAUAAUCAUACGCAAUUAUCUGGAAUAUGUAUGAUUUCCUGUAGAAUUUAACCAUCUAUCUUGGUUAUCAAGAUAACAUCUUUAUUGGUUUGUUACGAUAAUUUUACCGUUCACAACACGUCAUUAUUAAUCUUUUGCCGAUUUAGCUGUGCGACAUAGGUACUCCAGCAUUCCCGGUGUCAUUCCAUGGUGUCAUUCCGCAGCUGAGCAGCGAAGCCACCAUUAUCGGCGGCGGAACGUUGCUGCCUGGCCUGACCCAUCUCCGUGGCACAUUUUCAGAGCUCCUAAGAUCUCCUCCACAGUGCACAGACUGCUGCCUAAUGUCGAUUGUCGAGUGUUCCGUGGUAAAUGGAAUGGCAUCAUUACUUUGCCAGCAUGCCAUUUCAUUUGACGUAGAAAUGUGCCUAUUCAUGUCGUGUUCUCCAUAUUUAUGAGUAUGCAGCUUUAAGAGUUGUUCGUUUGCAGUGAUAUGGUUCCCGUACCUGUUUGAACUCGAUGUACUUGACAAUAUAUGCCUUGUUUACGCGGUA